AACCAACGCCAUAGCCCCGUCCGACCCCGACGCAGCAGCCAAGUUUUCCCGACCCGGAACGCAAUACGCCAAGUGCGAGCUACAAAUAGGAACCGACCCAACACGCGUAGGGCUGCCCAUCGCGCGCGCGGACGCACCGCACGAAUCCCAAAGCACACCGUAACCCUAGCCGACCAUGGCCGGCGGCAAGCGGCGCGUCAAGCGCAACCCCACCGCCGGCGGGCCCCGUCAAAGCUCAGGCGCCGGUCGCCGCCGCCCGGUCCCCGAGCUCCCGUCCUUCGUAUCCCCCACAUCCGUCGCUGCCGCGUUCGCGCCUUCCCAAUCCGGCGGGCGCGGCCGCAGGCGAGGCGGCCGGCGCGGUGGUGCUUCGCCCGCCGCGGCGGGAUCCGCCCACGCCGUCCCCUUCAGUUAUACCGAGGCACUGCGCCCUUGCUCCGUCUCCUCUGGCGGGGCGACGCAGGCGCUGGACUGUGCCAUCGACACCCACGCCUGCGCUGAUCCGUCCGCCUCCGUCCAGCUGUACUCGUACGACGUUGUCGGAGGGAUCGGGCUGGGAUUCCACGCCGAGGAGGAUGCGGCGGACGAGGAUGCCGGCGAGAGUGGGCUGCAUCUCGGAUUGGGAUUCCGGGAAAGCGGCAUCGAAGAGAUGGACGUUGAGGCGGAGGAAUUGAAGGAAGCCUCCUUCGUGACGCCGAGGCAGCCCAAAGCCAAAGGGAGGCCGAAUGGGGGGUAUCUGACCAUUGCCGGAGUUAGGAUCUACACCGAGGACACUUCAUCGCCGGAAUCAGAGGGGAUGGGCGACUCCGACGAGGAAUCAGAUUCCGAUUAUGAGGUGAGAGAUGGCAACGCCGAUGUUGAUAGCGAUGAGCAAGGUAGUGAUGAUGAGGAGGAGGGAGAUCCAGAGUCUGAUGAGGACUCUUCAGUUUCAGAAUCCGAGGAGGGUCUCAGCAUCGGGGAUUCGUCGGUUGAUGAUGAGGUUGUUGCCGAUUACAUGGAGGGGAUUGGUGGCAGUGAGGAGUUGUUGUUGAGCAGGAAGUGGGUGGCUGGCAUGAAAUUGGCUGAUUCAGAUGAUGAUAUGGAUACAGACGAUGAUGAGGAUGGGUUCCUGAAGAAGGGGAAGGAACAACUUGAGGGUUAUUCGCUAAUGCGUGCAUCCGAGCAGUAUGGGAUGAAGAGGCCAAAUUCGGCUGAAAGGCGGAAUCGAAAGGGCACUGGUAGCAGAGAAUGUGACAGGGGCCUGUCUAGUAUACGAGUGAUGGGGCUGGAUGACGUGAUGAUGGUAAAGGAUGUACGCAUGGCAAAUCAUUCAAGGAAGGCAGCAAAGGCUUCAUCAUCUCAGCUUUCGAGGUCCUGGCCUAACGAGUGUAGGAAGAGCAAGAAGUAUCCCAGUGUCCCAGGUGAAAAAAAGAAGCACAAGAAGGACCUCAUUGCAAAGAAGCGACGCCAAAGAAUGCUAAGUAGAGGAGUUGAUUUGGAGCAAAUCAAUACUAAAUUGAGGAAGAUGGUUGUAGAUCGUCUUGAUAUGUUUUGCUUUCAACCAAUGCACUCUCGGGACUGUUCUCAGGUACAACGUCUUGCGUCUAUUUAUCAGUUGAAGAGUGGGUGUCAAGGUUCAGGGAAUAAAAGGUUUGUUACAGUGACAUUAACUGGACAGUCUUCCUUGCCAUCAGCAGAUGGCCAAGUUCGACUUGACAAGCUUUUGGGCACUGAGCCUGAGGACUUUGGUGUCAAUUGGGACAGCAGCAAAGGCCCAGCAAAAGGAAAAGGCCUCUCGGCUCCAGGAAAAUUGGCAAGGCACCAUGAUUCCAGUGGGAAGAAAUCUUGCAAGAAACAGGUCUCAUUUGCAGAGCGCCCUGUAUCUUUUGUGUCCUCAGGCACUAUGGUGGAAACUGUUACGGAGGCAAUAACAGUUGACUCAACUGGUGGUGAUGCCUCACCUGAGAACGUUGUUGAAAGUGACUCCGCCAAGCUGGGCACCUUUGAGAUGCACACCAAGGGCUUUGGUUCCAAGAUGAUGGCCAAAAUGGGAUUCAUUGAGGGUACAGGCCUUGGCAAAGAUGGCCAAGGCAUAGUGCAGCCCAUCCAAGCCAUUCAUCGUCCCAAGUCUCUCGGCCUAGGCGUAGAAUUUGACAGUGAAGCAGAGGCUAUGAAAGCAAGGUCAGAGCUGGCUAAUGCAAGGCCAGAACCAAGUAAAGCAAGGUCAGAACCGAGUAAAGCAAGGUCAGAACAGAGGCGCAACAUACGACCAGCAGACAUGAAUAGCCUCGGCACUUUUGAGAGGCAUACGAAGGGUUUUGGAUCCAAAAUGAUGGUGAAAAUGGGGUUUGUUCCGGGCUAUGGUCUGGGGAAGGAUGGCCAGGGCAUUGUCAACCCCUUGACUGCAGUAAGACGACCGAGGUCGCGGGGUCUGGGAGCCACUGAUAAGUAUUAACAUGUCCUGUCAUGUAUGCUUCUGUUUAUGUCUCUUGUCAUGUACCUGUAAGUCACUUGUCUUAGAUCACCUAGGUGUAUCCUGGGAGAGCAUGACCUGCUGGCUGCGGUAACAGCACGCGCCGAUCUUGUUUACAUGACCCAUGACCGUUCCGUUGUUCCUCACAUACUCAACAGAAAUGUGCGUUAUUUAUUUUUCAAGGCAAUAUUUUGUUUCUGAAGUUC